GACGAUGUCCAGUCGAUUGAGGCGGAGGUUCUGCGCCGCUGUGAAGACAUGGGCGAGGCGCAAGCAGAGGCCAAGCUGGCACAGGACGAGAUGUUCGGAAACCUUCAAGCUAACAUCGGCGAUCUGGGUGCCAAGAUCGAGGAGAGCCGGGCAGCGGAGGGCGACUUGCAGAAGCAGGUCACGGCCGCACAGGAAGGACUUGCAGCCGCCGACACCCGAGCUUCUGCCUUAGAGGAGCUUUUGGCGCAGGAAAGCACUCGUGCCAGCACCGCUGAAGAGUCGCUCAGCCGCACCGCCGAGGGGCUGGCGGCACAGCAGGCCAAGCAGGUGGAGAAGGCGAUGGUGUCCUGCGGACUGGAUAAGGGGCCACGGCCGCUGGUGCUUUGUGUCAGUGGGGGAUCCGACUCUGUUGCGCUGCUACGACUGGUAUCCCAGGUGGCACAGAAGUACGGCUGGCAGGAGUCUGCAUCGGAAGAGGACUUUGUGGAGGGUCUUGCCCUGUCUGCCGAUGCAGAGUUCCACCUUCGAAGGGCGGACGGAGCAGGGCUGAAAUCCGGAGCUGGCGGUUUGCAGGCAGCCGCAAGGGCAUGGCGUCGCCAGGAGGCUUUGCAGCUCCUGGAAAGCUUGGAAGGCUCAGCUGCAUCAGGCUCAGGUGCGGUGCUUCUUGCACACCACGCCGACGACCAGGUGGAGACGCAGUUGCUCAAACUCCUCCGUGGUGGGCACCUGGCCCGGCUGAGUGGCAUGAACUUGAUGGAAGGACGCUUCGCACGUCCCCUUCUGGGCAUUCGGAAGCAAGAGCUGCAAGCUUUCUUGAAGUCUGUGGGGCAGGAAUGGAAGGAGGACGCAUCCAACCAGGAACCGGUUUAUCAGCGGAACCGCAUUCGUCUGCAGCUGGUACCUCUGCUGACUGAGUUAAUCGGUGGGGAGGAUGCGCUGCAUAGCCGUUUUGAAGCGCUGGCGGAGCAGAGUGAGCAGCUGUCGUCCAUGUUGGAGGAUGCCUGCAAGGAGGUGGGGGGGGCUUCCUUCCCGGAGAGCUUUGGCGAACACGAAGCGGGAGCUCCGGAAGCUCAGGAAAUGCAGCGAGUUCUGGACAUUUCGAGCUUCGGGGAGCUGCCUGAGAUGGUACGCCAGGAACUCCUGUGGCGUUUCGUGGCGACGGGCUGCGGCAGCAUGCUGAGCUACCCAGCCGUACGGGCCAUAGCUGGUGGCCUUGCUUCCAAGACCUCCUCGGAGCCCUUUACGUGGCCCUUGGGGUCAGGUUGGCAGCUUCGGAAGCUGAGGGCAAAACAGGAACUUGUUCUAAGCCACAAGGAGGAGAGCGAGGAGAAAACCUGGAUCGUCGAGGACCUUCGAGUUCUUCACAACUUCACCCCCGGCCUUUCACUUCGCGUCUCGCGUGGCGGGACCCUCGAAAACUACAGGGAGGCGGCCGAAAGUUCCUGCCGCUUCCUGCUCGACUUGCCGCUGAACGCCACGGUGGUGCUCCGAGGGGCCCAGCCCGGCGACCGCUUCUGCCCCGGCCUGAGCAGCCGGGCACGCGCCAUCAAGCUUACCUACUUCCUGCACCGGGAGAUGAAGGUCCCCAAAGAGGCGAGAUAUGGAUGGCCGGUGAUCGCAGUCCAAGAUCCGAAGCUGCCGGAAGUGGUUGCAGCUGUUCUGCCCUCCUUUGCCGCCGCCGACUUCUCCGCGACGAACUCCAGUCGCUCGCCUGUCCUUGUGGAGGUGGCCUGGUCUGAACCUUGGCCGGGACUGGCGACGGAAAAGUCUCAGCCAAAGCUGUCUGUCCGCGACUGUAAGCCUAGCACCCUAGGCCAUUGA